CUCCUCAGUGCGGGGGUCAAGCAGGCCUAGGGCCGGGCAGGGAUCUCCCCUCGGCGUGGUGGCCGGGGCGAGGACCCCUCCUGGGGCGGCGAAUCCUCCGCAUAGAAUUCUUCACCAUCGAGUCCUCUCAGUGCCGGGACCCCACCCCGGCACAGCCGUCCCCCUCCCCCCGCGCAGCCCGGUCCUCGACGCCUGCCCUUGUUUGGCCGCGCACGGGCGGGCGGCUCUCACGGUCCGCGUCACAGGCGGACGCCCCGCGGUGACGGCGACGUGCGGCCGCCCUGAGCGCGGACCUGGAGCUCAUGGCCCAGGCGAAGAUCAGCGCCAAGGCCCACGACGGCCGCUUCUGCCGCUCCUCGUCCAUGGCCGACCGGUCCAGCCGCCUGCUGGAGAGCCUGGACCAGCUGGAGCUCCGGGUUGAAGCUUUGAGAGAAGCAGCAACUGCCGUUGAACAGGAGAAAGAAAUCCUUCUGGAAAUGAUCCACAGUAUCCAGAACAGCCAGGACAUGAGGCAGAUCAGUGAUGGAGAAAGAGAAGAGUUAAAUCUGACUGCCAACCGUCUGAUGGGCCGAACCCUCACUGUUGAAGUUUCAGUAGAAACGAUUCGAAACCCUCAGCAGCAAGAAUCCUUAAAGCACGCCACGAAGAUUAUAGAUGAGGUAGUCAGUAAGUUCCUGGACGACUUGGGAAAUGCCAAGAGUCAUUUAAUGUCACUGUACAGUGCUUGUUCAUCUGAGGUGCCACCUGGUCCAGUUGAUCAGAAAUUUCAGUCCAUAGUAAUUGGUUGUGCUCUUGAAGACCAGAAGAAGAUUAAGCGAAGAUUAGAGACUCUGCUUAGGAAUAUUGAUAACUCUGACAAGGCCAUCAAGCUACUAGAGCAUUCCAAAGGAGCCAGUUCCAAAACUCUGCAACAAAACACUGAAAACAAAUUUAACUAGUCUUCAAACAUAUGGGCCCUUACAAAUAAUGAUGUGAAAAAAGAUAAAAUACAAUCUUAAGUGAUACUAGUUCUUUAUGUCAGGCAUAACCACUUAUUUGAUACUGAUAAUUAUUUCUGAUGAGGAAAUAAUUCCAGUGUCAAGUUAUUUAAAUAACAAUUAAAACUAGAAAUACUUCAGGUUACCUAUUUCAAAGUUUUUAGAUUGGAUUCUUGUGUUGUACUAGAACCUAGCAGUAUAUAUUUACCUUCGGAAGAUAGCAUGGGGCGGGGGGGGAUAAAUGCCCAAACGGGGUAAAUAUACCACUGCUAUUUCCUACUUUGGCACGGAGGCAAGCUGGCACUGAGCAGUGCACUCACAGCACACAGUGCCUCAAAGGAUAAACAUAGCAGAAUGUUGCCCUGUAUGUUCUCAGUUUUUUAGGCAUGUGUUCAUUUAUACAUCUCAUAACAUGUAUUUUUACAUAUGUGGAAGCAUGGCAUAGAAUCUGUGCAAAUCUUUUAUUUUUACCACUGUAAACAGUCAUAUCCACCUGACCUCAUUUUUUUCUUUUAAAUGCUGCCUUGAAAAUCUGUUUACCAACCUAAAAACCUCUGCUUAUGUGCUUGCACCAGUUUACUUACUCCAUCCACCUCUCCUUAGUCACUUGGAACAUAUUUAUGUACACAGAGCUUUAUUCUUUGUUUUUAUUCUUCUUUGUAUAAAUUUCCACUAAUGGGUUCACUGGGCCAAAAAUGAUAUAUACAUUUUCAUGGCCUAAAAACAUAUUUCUAAAUUUUUUCUAAGUUAUAUCAAUUUAUACUGUACUAGUAAUUAAAAGAAUCCAUUUCACUGAACUCUUUCUAGCCUUGGGCAUUAAUUUUCUGUCAUUAGACACAAAACACCUCAAUUUAGUUAACACCUUAUUUACUAACAAGGAUGACCACUUUAAUAAACCUUUUUUAUUUACUUAU